AUGCAAAGCCUGGCUCCUCGUUGCUGCUAUACUAGUUUGUAUACAUUUGUCUUUCUCUCUUUAGUAGUCGAUCUGUUAAGUGUUUUCAUGUCUACGGCUUAUCGCAUUGAGAACGAAGAUAAAUUAUUCACAUUCCGUCGAAGAAGCUGGAGCACUAAAAGCCUCCAUACUCUCACUGGUCUGCUACUGUUCUUUGCGACUGCUCUUUCAAACCUAAUGAGAGUGAUCUGUUUACUCUUUCUCGAGAAAGCUGGCAUACUGAUAGAUAUUGGCUCUUGUCUGCAACAAUUUGCAUUUCUUUACCUCGUGGACCCAAAAGUAGAACUAUUUACAUUCCACUGA